AAAACAACCCCAAAAUAUUCUCCCUAAAUAAUAUUCUAACAUCCAAACAAACCCUUAUUCAUUCAAAACCCCCAAUUAAUCAAUCCAAAAAUGGCGAUGCAAACCGGAGUUAACACCUCCAAAGUUCUCAUCCUCGUCGGCGCAGGUUUGACUAGUUCUGUAAUAUUGAGAAGUGGAAAAAUGUCUGAUUUAUUAUCAGAGCUACAAGAAUUAAUGAAAGGUGUUAACGAUAUCGAAAUCCAUCCCGGAAAGUACGAUAGUGCCGCCCUUGCCGAACAGAUUCGACAAUUGGCGCAAGAGAUUAGAGAGUUGUCGCUUUCUCGUCCUGUUGCCAUUUUUAACGGAAACAAUGCGUCUAGUGGGGGGUUGUCAUCUUACUUGAUGCCAGCGGCAGCGGUAGGAGCUAUGGGAUAUUGUUAUAUGUGGUGGAAGGGUUUGUCUUUUUCUGAUGUUAUGUUCGUAACUAAGCACAAUAUGGCGAAUGCUGUGGCAAGUGUUUCUAAACAAUUAGAGAAUGUGUCUGAUGCUGUAGCUUCUACUAAGAAACAUUUAUCAAAGAGACUUGAAGCUUUGGACUGGAAAGUAGAUGAACAAAAGGAAAUAAGUAAAUCAAUUGCAGAUGAUGUUAAUGAUGUGAAGACCAAUCUCAAUCAAAUAGGUUAUGAUAUUGAUAUGAUCCAUCAAAUGGUGGCCGGGUUGGAAGGGAAGAUAGAUCUUAUCGAAGGAAAGCAGGAUGUGACCAAUUCAGGUCUGUACUAUUUAUGUCAAGUAGCUGGCGGGAUCAAAGAUGGGAUAAAUGCUAAGCUAUAUCAGGACGUUGAAGCUAAGCUAGGAAAACAAUCAAAGAUUACAUAUGAAGAGACUUCUUUAAAGGGACUUCAGUUUCUUACAGAAACCAAUGAUUUAGACUCGAAAGUGGAGCCAGUGAUGAGCAAAAUCAGCACAAAGGUAAGCAAAGCCCAUGAUAGUUCUAAAUCAAGAUUCCAAAGGACUUACCCAGUGGGGUUGUCAUUUGCCAAAGAUAUGAUGGGUUAAAGGUUGUAACUACAACUAUUCUUUCAUCAAUGGGAGGAUUCAAUAUUUUUGUGUGAUUGCUCGAGGGUCAAGGUCUGGUUUAUCUUUGGUUCGAGCACAAGAUGUAUUUUGUUGGAGUAUGGCUUAAAAAUUACAAGUUCAAUUUUUCAAUGUGAGCAGUAUAUAGCACACUGAAUAAAAAUAUAUAAUCAAACAUGAUGGUCUCAUCUAUUUCAGAAUUGUAAAUGGUGAGCCAUACAAGUAUA